AUGGAGGAUUCGGUGGAGCGGUGGCGGCCUCCGCCCCAGCCAACGAAGAGAGGUGCCAAGGCAUCCAGUGAAAAUAAAGGAAAAGGCAAGGGUAGCAAUGAUGCUGGGUCAGCCCCGACCACUAAACAGUUGCAUGCUGUUGUCAGUGACAUAUUGAAAGAAGUGGACUUCAAUACGGCAACCCUGGCAGACAUUCUCCGGAAAUUAGGAGCUCACUUUAAGAUGGACCUCAUGGAUAGGAAGUCUGAGGUGAAGCGCAUCAUAGUGGAAGUCAUCAACAGCAUGUCUGACGAUGAAGGUGAGGAAGAGAAUGAUGAAGAUGCAGAAGAAAAUGGCAAGAAAGAGAAUUCAAAGGAGGAUCCUGAUGAGGACGAGAAAUAAUCGACCUGGUCAGCUGUGAUGCGGUUGGGCCAAGCUCCUGUAUUUUUCUGGUGUUCUAGGUUUGUGUUGGUGUUGGGCCUGUACAAUGGUGGCACU